AAUGAGGGACUUGAUACUAUGAUAACGUCCUCAGAUUUAAAUUCACUAGACCUAUCAGGGAUGUCAUCUUUAGAAGCUGAGUUAGACUUGAAGUCAUUUGAGCCUUUAUUUGAUCCCCUUGAAAAACUGGAAGAUAUGGACGUUACAGAGGAUCAUUCAGCUGAAGAUCUGAAUGUUGUUAAUUCAUGGAUGAAUAUGUCUUCUAUGAACAAUUACAAUUUAGAUAUAGAAAAUAGUGUUAUGGUCAAUCCUUCUGCUGUGUUGCCAACAACUCUUCCUUCACGGAAUGCAAGGCAAGAACCCUCUUCCACUAUGAGUACCUGUACUGCUAUCUCCAGUACUACAGCUCCUACUUUAUUCAUCAAAACAGAACCUCAGCAGGCUGCUACAACAACAACUUCUGUUCAGACCCCUCAGUCACAUGCUGCAAGUGGAACAACAGUAACCACACAGGUAACAGUGAUGCGACCGCAGACAACAGUUGGCCAGACAGUGCGCCAACAAAAUUCCAUGGUGUCUGCUCAGUCAUCAACUCAUUCCCCAUCCCAACCUACUAUUGUGACAAGACCUACCUUGGCUACAUCUCAGAUGGUAGUGCAAACACAGCGCACUGCCCCACAACAACUGACCCUGGCCUCUACUGCAGCAACUACAACCACACCUACCACAACACCUAUCAUCACAGCUCGCACCACAACCCCACACACCAUUCUCAGUAAUAGGUACAAGAACACAGGCAAACCUCGAAAGGAUCUUCGGCCAGAGGAGAGAGUAUUCCCUAAACCUGCUUAUUCAUAUUCAUGUCUUAUUGCCCUGGCCCUGAAGAAUAGUACUACUGGCAGCUUACCUGUAUCAGAAAUCUACAGCUUUAUGUGUGAGCACUUCCCAUACUUCCGGACAGCUCCAAAUGGUUGGAAGAACUCAGUUCGACACAACCUUAGUCUCAAUAAGUGCUUCGAAAAAAUUGAAAAGCCUGUUGUUGCUGGUAGUAAUCAGCGUAAAGGUUGCUUAUGGGCAUUGAAUCCUGCUAAGGCCCAUAAAAUGGAUGAAGAAGUACAAAAGUGGAGUAAGAAAGAUCUGCAAGGAAUUAAAGAUGCCAUGGCUUAUCCUGAAGUGUUAGAGGCAUUGGAGCGAGGAGAAAUGAAGUUUGAAUCAAAUGGAGGGGUAUCAUCAUGCAGUGAAGACGAAGAUGAAGAUGAGGAAGUUGAUCCUUUGGCUGUUGACACCCCCACCACUCCAACAGUUGGAACAGUAAAGAUACUGAAUCCCCUUACAUCACCAACCAUUGUAACCUCCAACCAGAGAGGACCUCAAGCAGUUGUCAGCAAUCAACAGCAGCACAUCCGGCAGUCGGUGCAAAAUGGCCGUACUUCUCUCUCUUCAAGUGUUGCUCAAUCAGCCUCCACUCAUACAAAUGCUCGGACAACAUUUACCACACAGUCACUCAAGCGCAACUCAGUCACUUCUGAGGAGCCUGAAUACAUCCUUCCUGAUUCAACGAUGACAGAAAUUAGUCUACAGUCCAAUGGUGCUCUGGUUGAUGAUCUAGGAAAUGAAAUCAAGAUAGAGGGCGAGUCAUCAAUUCAUGCAAGUCCCUCUACACGUGGUCUGGUUGUCCGCAAGCUACCAGGUGUAACUCCACUCAGGUCUGCUACUGUGCGUGCCAAUUAUGUGUACACACCAACGAUCUCAUCUCCCCAUCAGCAGCAUACCCUCAACAGACUUGUUCUUACCAAUGGCAAACUGUCAUAGUUGAUUUGACAAACUGCACUAUUCCGUUCAAGUGGCAUCUUUUUUCAUUUAUACGUCAUCCCAAAAUAUUUCUUUUUCAUCUUAAAAUAAUUUGACCAUGCUCCCCCUCCCCAGAAUGAAUCCAGGUGUGAUUUACAUGUAAUUAGUGUGCUUGGCUAUCAGAAGUAAAGGGGGGCAUAAGGUAUUGCAAUCAUUGUAGGUAUUAUUAGAAUGAAAAUUUUUUAGUGAAGUUUCUGGUAAACAAGAUGAGUGAUUGCUGGGGUGGUAAUGUGUUGAAUGUCUGGAAGAGAAGAUGCCAUGAUGCAUGAAAAUCUUCCUCUUUAUUUUAUAUGAUGUCUUGCAGUUAAGAAUAUGAAGUAAUAUUUGUUUUACAUAUUUAAAUAAGUAUUUAGGCAUCAUUCUUAACUUCUCUGUUUAAUAUUCAGAUGUCAGUUGUAAAAUUUUCAUGUCAUUUUGGGAUUCUCCUUCCUGGGUGGUGCUCUGUUAGUUCACAUUUGAUUUUAUGAAAAAAGGUAUUAAAAUACUCUACAUUCAUUACUUUCUUCCUCAUAGUGCAAAUUGUGACCUAGUAUUCCAUGAUAUCUGUACCUUUAACUAAAAUGACUGUAUAUAUAUUGUGAUAACCAAUAACCAUAGGUUGUAAGUAGAAGGCGACUAUGUGUCCUUCUGUGAGGCAUAAAAAAAAGGUGCGAAGAACAUUAUGGCAAGCCUCAGCUGAUGAAUGCGAUGUUGUAUUGAGACUGCAAGUAUUUUUGCACCCAUAUGAUUGGAGACAUUGUCUGAGUCCUGUGAUAAUCUUUUAACUGAGACCGGGCAAACUUAUGUACCUGAGAGAGUGUAAUAGUACGAUAGCAGGAGCAUAGGUACUCUGUGGCCAGCAUAUUGUAAAAAUUUCAAGUUUCCAUGCAUUUGAUCCACAUAAUUACUGUAUAAAAGUACUGUACAGUAAUAUUUUAGGUUAAUGAUUCAGUUUGCAGAAAAACAUUAAUAUAUAUAUAUUUUUUUUAGAAUGUUCAUAUUUUCUUUCCUACAAUAUUUUAAAAUAAAUCCGGUUGUUGAGGUAGAUUACUAUAAAAGAUAUAACUAGUUCCAAAUACUCAUCUGCCUCAUUCAUAUUGGUCAGAAACUCUGCUCCAUGUCUGCCAGUGAGAGUUCUCCCCUUAGGAGAUUAAAAAAAAAAGAGGGAGACUAGUAAGUUAGUUAACUUCUUUUACAACUGCUAUUCAGGGACAGCAGUGGUUGGUAUCAGCUCUAUUAUUAUGUAUAUUUAGUGAAGGAUUCUUGGUAUUAAUCAUUGUCUUCAUUCCUCUAUUUUCUUUGAAACGUCAAAAUUUGGGCCAUUGUUUGUUCUUAAAAUCUCACUUUCAUUUUGUCGAACUGAGGCAAUUUCAGUUUUAUUCUGGGCUUCUUAUCUGGUCAAAUCACAUUCAUUAUUCCUUUCUCAUUCAUUUCUACUGGUAUUACUAUCAUACCUCUUUUAACGGAAUUUAGUUUAAUGGACAGGAAAAAAAUAAUAAUUUAAUAAAUACGAGAUAAUAGUAAUUAUAGUUUCAUUUGAGAGAAAAAAAAUCAGUGUAAAAGGAACCAACAAUACAGUCCGCCGCCAACAUUGUUUACAUCAUCUUAGCGAAUGUUUCAAAAUGUAAAUAGUAGCCUGCCAAGAUUUGUGUCUAUUGGAUCGUGGUAGGUCUAAGUGUGUUUUGUGAAAAUUUUACGCCCAUUAUAUCUGGGAAAUGGACUGCAACUGGUUGUGCUGGUAAACCAACAAGGUGUCCAGGAAAGUCAUUACUGUGGACGUGAAGAUGAAAGUGAUCUGAAGGGUUGAGGCAGGGAGGAGGAGGAGCGAGGAAGUGGUGGUAAACAACACAUCGUUCCCAAAAAAUUAACUGGUGAGUGCUACUUAAUAAAUUUAGUUUAAUUUAUUACUGAUAGCAACAAAGUCUUCAUUGAAAUGUAAAAGUUGAACUUUGUCACCUUGUGACAGCCAUUUUUUUGUUGUGCUGGAGUGGUUUGCUUGCCACUUAAUGUUUACUUUUUGUAUGGAGACGGCGGUGAAAAACCACAUGCAUUUCUAAGUAACCAAGUUUUUUUUUUGGGGGGGGGGGUGUUUAUGACAUUUUAUAGCAUUUAAUCAUCGUUUAGUCAUUCUUUUAAGACAAUAGUAGUACAAUAUAUAAGCGGAGUUAUCAUUUUGACCAAUUUUGCUAUUAGCAAGAACACAUCUCCAUGAGCACCAUGUUAUAAUGGCCUCUUUUAACGGAUAUUUCACUUCGCGGACUAGCCUCAAGAACGUAUCUCAUCCAUUAUAAAAGGUAUGAUAGUAUUUGUAAAAAAAAAUUUCCUAUUAGGAGCUUAAAUUUGAGAUCAUGUGCGAGACUCAAUCAUUACAUGGACUCGCUCCUUUUCAUAAACUACUAAUUCGUUCAUUGUUUUCACUGUAAUUCUUGUAUGUGCAAGAUGUAAAUUUUAAGAAUUAGAUAAAAUUGGAUCUCCAUUAGACCAUAAAUGUUAAAUAAAUAAAUAAAAUAAAAAGUGUAACCUGAGUAGAAGUAAUAUAGAUGCUAUUAACCAGAAAUCCUCUUCCUAAGUGUAAGCAGUGCAAAUUUAGCUUUUUAUACUUUUUGUAUGUUGACCUUUUGUAUAUAAAAUUUCCAUUCUUUUUAUUUCUGCUACUAACAGUGCUCAUUUAUAUUGAGUAACUGGAGUUGAACCAGCAGAAACACUGGCCUAGAAUGAUCUUGGCUGUAAAUAUUGUAUUAUUCAUAGAUUUUUUUGUAUGAAAUGUAAUUAAAAUAAAAAUUC